AACGUGUACGAUCACCAGGAACGAAGAGAGCUGAGUCAACCGCGGGAAAAAUGGAUUCCGAAGGCCUUAUUCUACGCUUGUUCGAUGUGAAUGCCGUGAAGUUUGGAUCCUUUACUCUUAAAAGUGGGAUUCAAUCUCCUGUUUACUUCGAUCUGAGAGUAAUGGUAUCUUAUCCAGAUAUUAUGGAUGCAGUUGCUGAAACUUUGUUUGAGACGGCAAGAAAGAGUGGAGUGAAGUACAGCGUUCUCUGUGGAGUCCCCUACACAGCUCUGCCCAUUGCUACGUUGAUGGCUGUGAAGCAGAAGGUGCCUAUGGUGAUAAGAAGAAAGGAAGCCAAGUCGUAUGGCACUAAGAAGAUGAUAGAGGGUGUCUUUGAGCAAGGUGAUGUUUGCCUGAUCGUGGAGGAUGUAGUUACUAGUGGGUCAAGCGUCAUGGAAACAUCACAGUCCCUAGCUGAGGUUGGUUUGAAGGUGACAGACGCCAUCGUGCUUCUAGACAGAGCGCAGGGAGGUGCUGCUAGGCUCAGAGAUUCAGGCAUUAACCUCUACAGUGCCUUUGACCUUCCUCGUGUUCUUGAAGUGUUGCAUUCUCAUGGUAAGAUCAGUGCGGAGGUCGUACAGAGUGUGAAGCUAUUCAUUCAGGAGAAUAUGAUCACCAGUCUGCCUCAACAACCAGCCGCUAAGAAACCAAGGAGGGAGUACCUUGGUUACAAAGCCAGGACGGAGCUCUGUGAGCAUCCUGUUGCUAAGCAACUAUUUAGCAUCAUGGAGGACAAGCAAACCAAUCUAGCAUUCUCUGUUGACGUGACAACGUCGAGUCAAGUUUUAGAGUUGGCAGACCAAGUUGGUCCAUACAUCUGUGUUCUAAAGACCCAUGUAGACAUCCUUGAAGACUUCAGUGCUACCUUCAUUCAGUCUCUACAGGACCUGGCUCAGAAACAUAACUUCCUCAUAUUCGAAGACAGGAAGUUUGCUGACAUUGGAAACACAGUGCAGCAUCAGUACUCCUCAGGUGUGUAUAGGAUCUCAGAGUGGUCUCAUAUCACCAACGCACACUCAGUAGCAGGACCAGGCACCAUCAGCGGUCUCAAGGCCGUGGGAGGGGCUAAGAACAGGGCCUGCCUCCUCAUUGGUCAGAUGAGCUCUAGUGGUAACCUAGCAAUGGGAGAUUAUACUCAAGCAACUGUAAAGAUGGCUGAAGAGAACAGUGACUUUGUGAUUGGUUUCAUCUCUACCUCAUCUUUGACCCCUGACCCCAAGUUCAUCCAUAUGACCCCAGGUGUGAAACUUGUUGAAGGGAAGGACAACCUAGGUCAACGGUAUCUGACCCCUUCAGAGGUCAUCACAAACAGGAAAAGUGACAUCAUCAUUGUCGGCCGAGGAAUAUACCAGGCUUCUAAUCCAGGUGAGGUUGCUAAACAAUACAAGGAGGCUGGGAUGAAAGCAUAUCAUCAACUACUAGAAGGAGAGACGGACAGAUGAGGCAGUCAUCUUUAAUAAGCAAUCUCAUUUUAUUUGUAAUCUGUAAUGUCUUCUAAAUGGCCAUAGAGGAGUCGCAAAGUCGGGGAGGGGCAGGGGGAGGGAGCAAACAGCUUCGUUAAUAAUCACAAAGAAACCAACCUGCUGUCAAUACCCUUGUGCUGUUGCCCAUCACUGAUUUUAAUUUCUUGAAUUAUUACAAUGAUGUGUUACACCAUUUGAACAACCAUUUGAACAGGGUUUCUAUAGGCAAUAGGGUAUUGACAUUGCCCUUUAGAAGAUUUCUUUAGGUUAUUUAUAACCUUCUAGUUAUCUUCUCCAGGGAGCUGAGAGGGCAUACAGACUGCAAACAUAAUGUGAUAAUGACUUUCAUGCUCUCUGCAGAAGAUCAGCGCAUCUUAAUUUUGUGCACAGAUUUCUAAGAGAAUUCUGGAUCGGUUUGUGGUCCCCCUGCCUUGGCCCUAAUUCAUUGAAAUUAUGUCAAUAACGCCCCUUUAAUUUGAAGUUACAUUGUAUAAGCAUAUAUUACUGAGCACAAAGUAGUGGUUAAGAGAAAUGUUAAUAUGGUAUACUCAGACCCCCACUUUUUUAUUGUCUUAUUUCCCCAAGAACACAAAGGAGAAAAUGAUAAUUACUGCAUGUAUUGAUACAAAAUGUUAUUUUGACUGACCAAGAAAAUUGUAAGUCCCUUGAAUAUUUUGACAAAAGUACUAGAAAAUGAGCCUGUGAUCAUUGAUGAAUGCAUGAAAUACAUUUCAUCAAAAUGUCAUUUCUCAUCCAGAUUAUAUGAACUGUAGACUGUAGAGUCACUAAACUUUGCAAUGUUGUGAGUGAGCAGACUCUGAAAGAGAGCUCAUAUGGACCAAUUCAAGUGGUUCUCUACCUCUGUAGUUUGCUGUAAAAUGACGAUUUGUGAGAUAUAAUUAUUUUCAAAUUGGCAGAUGAUUCAUAUGUUUGUGAGUCGUGAGUUAUAAAUGUUUAAACUGGCUUUUGUUUUUGCCUAUAAAUGACGCAUUCCACUUUAGGCCACUGCCACAUCAAGAUCUACCAAUGUGUGGUAGUAAAAAAUUCAGGGUAUCACCAAUAUAUGGUGAGUGUUAUACAGUCAAACCUGCU